AUGUCAGGAGCAACUCAAAUAUCCAAUCCACUCAUUCAAAAGAGUGUUGUUCAUAUCUACAGAGAUUGCAUUAGACUUGCAAGAUAUAUUGGUCAAAUGAACGGAUACACUAGACACAUCCCAAAGCAUGUAGCAGGUAUUUUCAGAGAACACAAGUUUGAAACAAACCCUGAAAAGAUUGAAGAAUAUAAAGUAGAUGCUACCCGUUUUAUUUCCAACUUUAUGCAACAUGAAGCUGAACGUUUGGCAAAGGACCAAAAGGCAGCAUUGAACUCAAAGCAAAGGAUACCAAAAAGUCUCCUACUUUGGAUUAAUCACAAUAAUAAUAAUAAUACUAUUAAUCAAAAACAUAAUAUAAAACCUACCUGUACAAACCAAAACCAACCAAACCAAAUCAAACUUAUCCUAAUCUUUAUUAUUAAGGAUUUAGUUCCUUCAUUCCUUCAUUCCCAUAAUAUUAUUCUUAUUUGCAUAUACAUUUGGAACCCCCCCUAUUCAAAUAAUAUUCGUGUGUCAUUUCAUUCAUUCGAUUUUUAA